UGCUAAGGGGACCCCCAAACGGCUCCACGUGUCCAAUAUCCCCUUCCGCUUCCGAGACCCUGACCUACGGCAGAUGUUUGGGCAAUUUGGCAAAAUCCUUGAUGUCGAGAUCAUUUUCAAUGAGAGGGGAUCCAAGGGUUUCGGUUUUGUAACAUUUGAGUCGAGCGCAGAUGCAGAGAGGGCCAGAGAAAAGCUUCACGGCACACUGGUGGAAGGACGCAAGAUCGAGGUCAAUAAUGCCACAGCCCGAGUGAUGACAAACAAGAAGAUGACCACGCCAUAUGCUAAUGGAGAGGCUCUCGCUGCACUACCAUAUGCUGGAUGGAAGUUGAGUCCGGUGGUUGGGGCGAUGUACAGCCCUGAGCUCUAUACAGUGCCAGGGUUUCCCUACCCAGCAGCAGCUGCUGCAGCUGCUGCUGCAUCCACUGCUGCGACCUUUCGAGGCGCUCACCUCCGGGGUCGUGCCCGGCCUGUCUACAGUGCAGUCAGAGCAGCUGUGCCACAACCUGCAAUCCCUACAUACCCUGGUGUGAUGGCCUAUCAGGAUGGUUUUUAUGGUGCGGCUGAUCUCUAUGGUGGCUAUGCAGCGUAUCGUUAUGCCCAGCCGGCUGCAGUAGCGACUCCUGCAGCAGCAGCGGCGGCAGCAGCAGCUUACAGUGACAGCUACGGACGAGUUUACACGACAGACCCCUACCAUGCUGCACUUGCCCCAGCUGCCUAUGGUGUUGGAGCCAUGGCAACACUGUACAGGGGAGGCUACAGUAGAUUUGCCCCUUACUGAGGACAGUUUGCCUGGAGCUCCUCUCUUCCAUUGAAUCACUCUGAAGAGCUCCCUCUGUUGUUGUGGAGGUGGUCUGCACCCAGUUUUUAAAGAGUGGAUCCAGCUGCAACAACAAGAUAUUACAGACCCUACCCCAGAGCAGUCCCACGUUUCCUUAUAUAUGCUACUUCAGAAAUAGAGGAAUGCUGUAUUAAAGACAUACAGAUGGCCUUUACAUCAAAAAAGAAGAAUAAAAUAAAGACUUAAAAUGGCCACCUUCCCUAUUGUCCCUAUUGCACGGCUGUAUUAUAGUCCGCCCCUUCUUAUUCCCUCGGCACUCAGCAGCACAAGACUCGGGAUGGAGCCCAGAUGUUCUUCCAAAAGCUGUAUAUGGAUAACUGACAUGUAAACAGCUGUCAGCCAUUUAUGAGAAAAAGCUGAACGCUGUGUGAUGUCGGAGCAGUAGGAAGCAGGAAGGUGCACUGAAAGAGCACCUACAAACAUUCUGAAUCAGAGCGACGAGUCACUAAAAUGAUAAAACACACCGAUGGAUUUAAUAAUUCCUCAACAAUGGCGGAUAGUAUUGAGAGAGGAUUUCCAUUCUUAAUUUGUUCUCGUAGAGGGAGGCUGAACACUGCGGCUCAGAAAGAAGACGUGACAGUUUAUAACGCUAAGUCCUGUCCAAGAGCUGAAGGAGGGAGGGUUAAUAGAGCUGUUCCUUACCUCAUGUUUCCUUAGUAUGUGGAAAUGGUAAACCUUUAAACUUAAGAUUGUUAUGAUAUGCAAAGAAAUUAGUUUAGAGAAAAAAGUUACCAAAUUAUUAUUAUUAUUGUAAUUGUUCUUAUUCUUAUUAAACCAUGAUUUUGUUUGACUCGGCCACACAGCAGGCGCUGCUGGUAUGGAACUUGUAGAUUCAACAGUGAACCUUGGGGUUAAAUUCAGAAAAUAAGCAUCUAAAAAAUCCUUCACCUGUUGACUAUUUGACACAACUAUAGUCUCAUAUCGUCCUGCUCAUGCGCAGGAUUUCGCUAAACACUACAAAAAGUGCAACACUACACAGCAAACAUUCUUUCAUUGAGUUGAUUUUAGCUUCAGAUCCAGUAACACACCCAGCCCUGGGGUUUAAGUAUUUGUUUAAUCCGUUAUUGUAUAGAUUUAUUAUUUGGAUAUUCCCCUCAUGCUCCGUCCUUUAUAGAGCAAAGUCCAACAUCCAAUGAG